CUGAGGUGGUGGGUGUCUCCUGCACGCUGCCUCGACCCUGUUCUUUCUCCGCUUUAUUAAGACAGGAGAAGAAAAUGUUACCUGAUAUAAAGUGUUUCUGAUAGUUAUUCCCUGCAUAAAAGUUAUGCCUACACCAGAAGUAUCAUGAAUAGAAUUACAAAUGAUAAUUUCCUGAAUAAAUGCUUCAACAAGUGUAUUUGGUGGUUAUAACUUAAUAGUUAGUAGUGCCUGGCUAGACAUGGAUGGAACUUCAAGAAGUCACUUCUUGCUCCUAGUCCUGCUGGGCCUCACACACGAUAUUGCUAUUGGUCUUCACAUCACCAAGGUGACAGUACCGACGCCCGUGGCAGUGGGUGGAGGCGGGUGGAUUGAGUGUGAGUUUGUGGACGAGGGUGAGAACAUCUACGCCCUCAAGUGGUACUUGGGCCUAGACGAGUUCUACCGAUGGACGCCGGCAGAGAACCCGCCAGUCAAGACCUUUCCAGUCAGGGAUGAUCCCCUGACGGUGGACACAGCGAUUUCAAGCAGAGGCAAAGUCUGGAUAUACGACCUGACUCUUGGAGCAUCAGGAGUCUUCCGCUGUGAGGUGUCUGCAGAGGCUCCGGAUUUCCACACCGAGUCCGAGGUUGCCACCAUGACUGUUGUGGACUUGCCGGAUGAGGAGCCGCGGAUCAGUGGUGUUGGCUCCAGCCACCAGCUACACCAGGAGGUGAUGAUCAACUGUUCAUCACCGAGAUCUCAGCCUCCAGCCUUUCUCACCUUCUAUGUCAACCAAAAGCUGGCGGACCCGAGCUGGCUUAUACCCUACCCGCCCCUGGAAGAUCCAGAGACGGGUCUGGAAACUGCGAUCCUUGGUCUGCGCUUCCCUCUAGGACCCAGACUACUGCGCGGUGACAGCGUCUCCGUCAACUGCACAGCUUCAAUCUUCAACCUCUACUCUAAGAGCACAGAGGCAUUAGUCUCUGUCAACGUUCCAUUCCAUGCGUCCAUCAUGGAAGGCCGAGCUGCCGCCGGCCAAGGAUGUCCAGCAGGAGUGUCCAGCGUCAUAAUCGUCGUAGUCGUGAUGUCGUCAAGAGUCUUACUGGUCCUGAGCCACUGAGACAUCCUACCACGCAGCUCACGUCUUCACUCUGGAAGACUGAGUCACUGUUAUCUACCACCACAAAGUUUAUAGCCACACCGUGGAAGACGUGGGAUAUUGAAGGAUCCUACAUGCAGUUAACAUGCUCGGUCAGAGUAGAGCUGAGUCAUUAAUUUAUUCCACUAUGCAGUUCAAAUAUUUCUCCUGGAAGCGCUGAGUCACUUGAAGCUCUAACAAGCAGUUCAUAUUCUCGCUCAGGAAGACAACAGAGAUUUGACCAUGGAAUUCAUAUCUUCGCAGUGGUAGACUCUAAUGACAGAUACAAACCUCUUAUCAGCACACGGAUGCUAUUCUAACAGGUAGUUGGUUGUUGGAACUGCAUGAGCACGCUCACUUUCUUUUACGAGCCUAGGACUCAAACUAAU